CGCGCUGCCCGGCUGCAGCUGCGGCACGGUGGUCCCUGUCGUUACCCGAGCUGCAGGGAGUCGCCGCUGGAGAGGGGCGCGGCGCCCGGCGGGACUGCAGGCAAUGACUCAGGAUGCAGCCAGGGGCCACGACGUGCACGGAGGACCGCAUCCAGCACGCCCUGGAGCGCUGCUUGCAUGGACUCAGCCCUGGCCGCCGCUCCCCGUCCUGGUCAGCCGGGCUGUGUCUGAACUGCUGGAGCCUACAGGAGCUCGUAAGCAGGGACCCGGGCCAUUUCCUCAUCCUCCUGGAGCAGAUCCUGCAGAAAACCCGGGAGGUCCAAGAAAAGGGCAGCUAUGACCUCCUCACCCCACUGGCUCUGCUCUUCUAUUCCACUGUCCUCUGUACACCACAUUUCCCACCAGACUCAGAUCUCCUUCUGAAGGCAGCCAGAACCUACCACCACUUCCUGACCUGGCCUGCUCCAUACUGCAGCAUCUGCCAGGAACUGCUCGCCUUCAUCGAUGCAGAACUCAAGGCUCCAGGAAUCUCCUACCAGCGGCUGGUGAGAGCUGAGCAGGGCCUGCCUCUCAGAAGUCAGCGAAGUUCCACCGUCACGGUGCUGUUGCUGAACCCAGUGGAGGUGGAGGCCGAAUUCCUCUCGGUGGCCAACAAGCUGAGCGCACCUGAGCACUCGCCCCUCAGUGCCUACACUACUUUGCUCCUGCAUGCUUUCCAGGCCACCUUUGGAGCCCACUGUGACCUUCCAGGCCUGCAUGGCAAGCUGCAGUCAAAGACCCUGGCAGAACUCGAGGACAUCUUCACAGAGACGGCAGAAGCACAGGAGUUGGCAUCCAGCAUCGGAGAUGUGACAAAAGCCCGGCAGUGGCUCAAGACAAAGCUGCAGGCAAUAGGAGAAAAGGCCGGCUUCCCGAGGGUCCUAGACACUGCAAACCCUGGGAAGCUCUACACCAUCCCCAUCCCUGUUGCCAGGUGCUACACCUACAGCUGGAACCAGGACAGCUUUGAUAUCCUGCAGGAAAUCCUCCUGAAGGAGCAGGAGCUGCUACAGCCAGGCAUCCUGGGGGAUGAUGAAGAGGAAGAGGAAGAGGAGGAAGAAGAGGAGGAGGAGGAGGAAGAGGACUUGGAGACCCAUGGGCACUGUACCGAGAGAGACUCCUUGCUCUCUACCCUUUCUUUUGCUUCUCAUGACUCCACCCUGUCCCUUGCCUCCUCCCAAGCCUCAGGGCCAGGGCUGUCCCGUCACCUGCUGACCUCCUUUGUCUCGGGCCUCUCAGAUGGCAUGGACAGUGGCUAUGUGGAGGACAGUGAGGAGAGUGCCUCUGAGUGGCCCAAAAGGCCUGGCAGCGAGAGGCACCGGGGACACCGCAGGCCUGGGCAGAAAUUCAACAAGAUCUAUAAACUCUUCAAAAGCACCAGCCAGCUGGUACUGCGGAGGGAUUCUCGGGGCCUGGAGACUAACUCGGACACAGCCCUGCCCCUGCGGCGAGCGGGGAGCCUCUGCAGUCCCCUGGACAUUCCGGCACAGCCCCACUCCCGGGCCCAGCGCUCCCGCUCCCUGCCCCAGCCCCAGCUCAGCGCCCAGCUGCCUAGCUGGCUCCUGGCCCCCUCUUCAUGCCACCAGCGUCGCCGCCCCUUUUUGAGUGGGGAUGAGGACCCCAAGGCUUCCACACUACGGGUUGUUGUCUUUGGCUCCGAUCGGAUUUCAGGGAAAGUGGCUCGGGCAUAUAGUAACCUCCGGAGGCUGGAGAACACCCACCCACUCCUCACUCGGUUCUUCAAGCUUCAGUUCUUCUAUGUGCCUGUGAAGCGAAGCCAUGGUACUAGCUCUAGUGCCUGCCCAGCCCCUCCAAGCAAGACGUCUCCACUCGCCCAAGACUCCUUGCGACAACCUAGUCCUACAGAGCUAGGCCCGGGCCCAUGGGAGGACAGUACCAAUGACAUCUCCCACUACCUCGGCAUGCUUGACCCCUGGUAUGAGCGCAACGUGCUGGGCCUCAUGAACCUGCCCCCUGAAGUCCUGUGCCAGCACUCCCUGAAGGCUGAAUCCAGGCCCCUGGAGGGCUCACCUGCCCAGCUGCCCAUCCUGGCCGACAUGCUGCUCUACUACUGCCGCUUUGCUGCCCGGCCGGUGCUCCUACAGGUCUAUCAAACAGAGUUGACCUUUGUCAAUGGGGAGAAAACCACGGAGAUCUUCAUCCACUCUCUGGAGCUGGGCCACUCUGCGGCCACGAGAGCCAUCAAGGCUUCAGGUCCUGGCAGCAAGCGGCUGGGCAUCGAUGGCGACCGGGAGGCCGUCCCUCUAACACUACGGAUUAUUUACAGCAAGGGGGCCAUCAGCGGAAGGAGCCGCUGGAGCGACGUGGAGAAAGUCUGUACCUCUGUCAACCUCAAUAAGGCCUGCCAGAAGCAGGAGGAGCUUGACUCCAGCAUGGAGGCGCUGACGCUAACCCUGACAGAAGUGGUGAAAAGGCAGAACCCCAAGUCCAAGAAGGGCUUUAACCAGAUCAGCACCUCACAAGUCAAAGUGAACAAAGUGCAAAUCAUUGGCUUCAAUGGCUGUCCUUUUGCUGUAUGUCUAGACCAGGAUGAGAGAAAGAUCCUGCAGAGUGUGAUCAGGUGUGAAGUGUCACCUUGCUACAAGCCAGAGAAGAGCAGCCCACCACCCCAGAGACCUCCCGACCCGCUGACCCGGUCUGCACCCGACCUCUGCUCCCUCCUCUGCCUGCCCAUCAUGACUUUCAGCGGAGCUCUGCCCUAGUGGGUCUUGGCACAGACUGACAGGAAGCCCCAGGCAGGUUCCUCCAGACCUGUCUCUAGGACUGUCACUCUGUGUGGAGAACUGAGUCGCCCUGUGUUGCAUCACGGUCUCUGUGUAGGCCUGUAGCAGACCAUGAGCAUGUUGGGAGGUAGUUUCUGGGCCCUCAGAUGUCUGGGAAUGAAGCAGACAUUAGGAGACAGUGGCCUGACUGCAUAACCUCUCAGAUUUCUCUCAGCAAAGGAAGAAAGAAGAGCUGGCCUCCACAGGGUGCUCUGGCCUGUAGUUAGGCCUCCUCUCCCAGCCCUUUUCUGGGCCCAGCCUUACUUUCUUGAAGACAUGGUGUGUCUCUUUCUGAAAUUCAGUCCUCUCUACUCUGAGACACAGGUGGGAGAAAUCUGGAGGAAUCUUUUCUUUCCAGAUUUUCCAUACCGUCUUUUGACUACCAUAUCACAUAUCUCACAGGCCCUCCCCCGCCACAUUUUUUCUGUCUCAAGUGUCUUCUGACAAAGCAGCACUAACAUUUGUAACAUUUGAUCUCUCUGUUGUCAGGACCUGGUACAGGUUCUCCCUUGAACCACUUUCUGGAUCUGAGAUCCCGGGAACACAGCAGGCUUACAUUCAGUAGCAGCUCGAUUGCUUUCUAGCUCAAUAACCAGAGGAAGCUGAUGAAAUUCUUUGAACCUUCAUUUCCUCAGCACUAAAAUGAGAGGGAAGUAAGACUUCCUUAUAACCCUGAAACUGUACACAAAGCACCUUUCCCAGUGCCUCGCUCCUGGCAAGCGCCCAGCGUAUUGCCCUCCUGAGGCUGAGUCCUUUGUCACUGGUCACCGGGAUCCGUGCUGCCUUUUGGAUGCUUGCCACUCACUCCUUCCCACCCCCUAGUCAGGCAGAACUCAGACUGAGAGAGGAAGGAGUGAUCGGUUGUACCUUCCAAAGAAGGAAUUGUGCUUGGCAGGGGCAAGAGAGGGCUGCUCCGGUGUUCUGCCUUCUACCCCUUCUCUGUCCGACUAAUCCCAUUGCUCCCUGUCCCGUUUCACCCCCAAAGAUGGGUGAAAUAGCGCUGCACAAGUUCACUGGCACCAUUCUGGCGCCUCAGCAAGAUGGCUAGAGGAUGGGGGCACUGAAUCACAAGCUCGCUUAGUGACUGACUGGGGAUACAUGAGGCUCGUGCAUGGGAAAUGAUCAGCACAUGGUAGAACACAAGAGUAACAUCUGAAGCGUCCAGGUUGGCUUGGUUUGCGGAGUUGACACAAAGGUGGCUAAGGCACCAGGAGGGUAGGACCAAGGCUUGGGUCAGCGGUACAUGUGGGAAAAGUGGUCAUGGAAACAACCCUGGUUCCUGCACUGGUUGCCUCUUUCUUGUCCUCUGAUUUGUUCUGUUUGAAAGGUCCCAGGCUUAUGGGAGCCCAUAAAAUCCUGGUCCAGAUUACUCAUGAUUGGAGAGAAGUAGACAGAUCCACUGGGCCACUAUUCCCCUGCCCUGGGGGGAAUGGUGUAUUUUCAGCCAUACGCCAUGUAUUUUCAGCCAUCCAGAAGAGCUGUCAGCUAUGUAAAUUCAUCCUUUUUAUUAUGCAAACAAGUUGAUCUGCUACAUGAUCAAUAAAUGUACAGGAACUAAUGUAUGAAAUUUAAUAUUAU